UCCCGUCUUCAUCUAAUCGGAAAAUCGGGCGAAACCAACCGGAAAAUUUAUCCCCCAAAAUCACACCCGACGUUUUACGAUAUAUAUACAUACGAGGGGCGCUCUAUAAAUUCCCUUUCGCAUUAUACAAAUCGAACCCUUCUCCCGCCAAUCGCAUCAGAAAGUUAAUACGAUCGAAAACGGGCUAAAUUAAUUGUCAAAAAUUGACAACAUGAACGAGGAAAAAUCCCGUUUCCGCAAAAUGGAAUCGGUGUGGGUGAAGGACUACAGACGAUCGAAUAAAAUCGGCUGGACCGAAGGCGUCAUCGACGAGGUGUUGAACGCCAAGUCCUAUCUGUGCAAGAUCGAAGGCGGCGCCGUGUGGAAGCGGCACGACCGCCAAAUCGAACCGCGAGAACGGACCGCGAACGAUUUGAAUUUCGUCGAGAAGGAAAUUUGCGAAAAAUCGAUCUACUUGUUGCCGGGCGAUUCGAACCGAUUCGAGGUGAGCCGAUUGCAUUCCGUCGCAAAUUUGUUGAAUUCGCGCGAUUAUUACUCUAAUAAAUAA